AUGGCGGCGGGCUCGGAUCUGCUGGAUGAGGUUUUCCUGAACGCUGAGGUGGAUGAGAAGGUGGUGAGCGACCUGGUCGGCUCCCUCGAGUCCCAGCUGGCGGCCUCGGGCCACCACCACCAGCACCACAAUGCGCAGGAGCCCCUCAGGGCCGCGGGGGGGCUGCUGGGCAACCAUGUUGUGAGCGGCAGCAGCGGCAGCAGCAGCCCGAGCCCGAGCCCUGGAGGAGGAGUAGUAGUAGGAGGCAAUGCUAAUGUCCAAACAGAGAGCCCCGGCGGCGGCGGCGGCGGCGGCACCAGCGGCAGCACCACCACCGCCAAGAUGGGACUCAGUGGCCCCGAGAUCACCAAGCCAGGAGCUGGGGGUGUGCAAGGGAGCGUUAUCAAUCAUAACGCCCGGUCCCAGGGUUCCAGUCUGGAUGGGGCCACCCCAACCAGCGCCAGUGCUGCUGCGGGAGUCCAAGGUGGAUCUGAAACGGCUGUCGCCCCAGGGACCCUCAGCCAGGGCAAAUCGGUGGUGAUCAGUACCAUGGCAACCGCUCUGUCUACCAGGAAUGGAAAAAUCGGGACCACGGCCGUGCAGACUCUGAAUGGGAGUAACGUGGUGAUGAACUCUCACCAUUCAGGGAGUGCUUCUUUUUCGGCCACCCCUGUGACGGCGAACCCUGCCGUCAUCCCCGCCAUCACCCCUCUUGUUAACAACGGACCGGGAAGCGUGGGGAAGGUAAACACCGUCAAUGCCGUUUUGCCGGCUGCUUCUAAUACCGUCAUCCAGACUUCUUUCCUUGGCACCGGGGUGUCCUCUGCCUCUUCGCCCUCCCCUACGGUGAUCUCCUCACAACAGCCCCCGAGCAUCGGGACCGGGGGGCCAACUGUAGCAUUGGUGAGGCCACCCAUUCACACGGUGGGACCCUCGGUGGCCGCCGCCACCCAGAAUGGGAGCAAUACUGUGAUCAACUCAACCAUCAGCGUGGGGAGCUUUCCACCCACGGCUGUCACUGCCGCCACUGUGGGGUCCGGCGUCUCCCUCCAGACGUCUCUUGUGAACAGCCAGCCGGGUUCUGGUGUGCCGGCUGCCCCCGCCACGCAGGUCAUCAAAUCGGAAUCUCCUAAAACCAUUGUGCAGGCGGUAACUCAACAGCAGACUCUGGCUGCUGGUGGCCAGCCCAGUACUACGGGGGGUAAUAUGAUCAUUGGGCAAACUAUGCAAGCCGGGCUGCCCAACGUGGCUCCUAAUCCUGGCGGGGUACCUCCUGUGCCUCCGGGUACCCCCACGGGCCUGGCAAAGGGGGCUGCCAAUACGGUGGCCCAGAGCCUGCCGAGGACUCCGACGGCAACCACGAGUGGAAUCAGAGCAACUUUGGCUCCCACUGUCUUAGCACCUCGUCUGCCUCAGCCUCCUCAGAAUCCCACAAACAUCCAGAACUUUCAGUUGCCGCCAGGCAUGGUCCUUGUACGUAGCGAGAACGGCCAGUUACUCAUGAUCCCUCAACACACUUUGGCGCAAAUGCAGGCACAUGCGCAGUCCCAGCCUCAAACGACCAUGACGCCUCGCCCUGCCACGCCCACCAGCGCUUCUUCGGUCCAGAUCUCGACUGUGCAGAAGAGCUGCCUCGAGGUGCAUUCUCAGGUUACAGGGGUUGACUCCUGGCUGGCGUCUUACGCAGACAGAGAGUUCACCUCAAGCCAUGUACCAGAAAUCCACCAGAAGCCUCAGAUUGUUCUGGGCAACACGGCACAAACGUCAGCGUUGGGAACAGCCACAGCUGUGCAGACGGGAACCGCUCAGAGGACGGUGCAGGCGACCACGGCGGCCUCGACUGCGGCCACAGAAACCAUGGAAAAUGUGAAAAAAUGCAAGAAUUUUCUCUCUACACUAAUAAAACUGGCCUCUUCUGGAAAGCAGUCUACAGAAACUGCAGCUAAUGUGAAAGAACUAGUCCAGAACCUGCUGGAUGGCAAAAUCGAAGCGGAAGAUUUCACCAGCAGGCUAUACCGGGAACUUAAUUCUUCACCUCAACCCUACCUUGUGCCUUUCUUGAAGCGGAGCUUACCUGCCUUGAGACAGCUGACUCCGGACUCGGCGGCUUUCAUUCAGCAAAGCCAGCAGCAGCAGCCCACGACGCAGCCCACGACCACUCUUACGGCCGUGAUGCUGAACAGCCCCAUUCAACGCACAGCGGGGAAGACCACUGCCACCGUCACGAGUACCUUGCAGCAGCCGGUCAUCAGCCUGACGCAGCCAACGCAAGUUGGGGUUGGCAAACAAGGGCAGCCCACGCAGGUGGUCAUCCAGCAGUCUCAAAAACCGGGCACGUUGAUUAGGCCUCCGCAGGUGACGUUGACACAGACCCCAAUGGUGGCCUUGCGACCACCCCACAACCGUAUUAUGCUUACCGCUCCCCAGCAAAUUCAGCUGAACCCUCUUCAGACAGUCCCUGUGGUAAAACAGACAGUAUUACCUGGAACCAAAGCUCUUUCCACUUUUUCAACCCAAGCAGCAGCUGCUCAAAAAAAUAAACUCAAAGAACCCGGGGGAGGCUCUUUUAGGGACGACGACGACAUUAAUGAUGUCGCAUCGAUGGCGGGCGUCAACCUAUCGGAAUGCGCGUAUAUUGGCUACCAAUUCCGAGUUGGUGGGGACGUUAACGAGAUCGUGGAUGACGACGACAUUAAUGAUGUCGCAUCGAUGGCGGGCGGCAACCUCGCGGAAGAGAGAGCGCACAUAUUCGAUAUUGGCUACCAAUUCCGAGACGAUGAAAGAUACGAUCAAGCGAGCGACGUUCGGGCGCAGCUCAAGUUCUUUGAGCAGCUUGAUCAAAUCGAGAAACAGCGGAAAGACGAACAAGAAAGGGAAAUUUUAAUGCGGGCAGCAAAGUCUCGAUCUAGACAAGAAGAUCCAGAACAGCUUAGGUUGAAACAGAAGGCCAAGGAGAUGCAGCAACAAGAACUGGCACAAAUGAGACAGAGGGAAGCCAACCAAACUGCUUUGGCGGCAAUCGGUCCCAGAAAGAAGAGGAAAGUGGACUCUCCAGGCGCUGGACCAGGGACAGAGGGGUCCAGCGCAAGCGUGGCAGUCCCAGGCGGGUCCGGAGUGGGAGCGACCAGGCAGUUUACACGGCAAAGGAUAACGCGGGUGAACCUCAGGGACCUCAUAUUUUGUUUAGAAAAUGAGCGAGAGACAAGCCAUUCACUAUUGCUAUACAAAGCAUUCCUUAAGUAAAAAAAGUGGAGAAGAUCAAGGUAUUUUUGACCGAGAAGACAAACCUGGGGACACUUCUUUUUUAUAUAUAUAUUUGCAGAUUACGCCUUUCUUUCUUUUUUUUAA